AUGUCUUCCUCGCCAUCACCUUCAACCAUCAAAGCCGUGCAGGUCGCGUCGCUCUUCACCAUCGCGGCGUCCAGCGGCGCCAAGCUCGGCCUCUCAAUCUUCACGGUGCCCCGUCUCCUCGAGUCGCCGGGCCCGCUCAUGCUCCAGCAAUGGGACAAGAUGUUCGUGUCGGGCCGCGCCGUCCUGCCCGCCGCCGACGUGCUCUCGGCCCUGGGCUUCUCGUACCUGGCCUACUCGCGCGUCUUUGGCGAGCGGACCGCCAAGAUGUACGCCCUCGCCGCCGCGCUCUCGGUGGGCAUCGUCCCGUACACGGUCUUGGUCAUGUCGAGAACCAACAUCAAGCUGCGUCGCCGCGCGGAGCUGACAAAGUCCAUGUCCAUCACGGACGAGACGUUGGAGUCGGCCGAGGUGCGUGAGAGUGACAAGUUCCUCGUCGACCAUUGGGGUGUGCUGAACCUCGGCCGCGCUGCCAUGUUGGCCGCCGCUGGGCUGAUUGGGCUGUAUGCCUCGCUGUGA